AUGCCGAACUGGGGAGGUGGCGCCAAAUGUGGUGCUUGUGACAAGUCGGUGUAUCAUGCUGAGGAAAUCCAGUGCAAUGGCAGGAGUUUUCACAAGACAUGCUUCCACUGCAUGGCGUGCAGAAAAGCUCUGGACAGUACUACAGUAGCAGCUCAUGAAUCUGAAAUCUAUUGCAAAACCUGUUAUGGAAGAAAAUAUGGUCCUAAAGGUAUUGGGUUUGGACAAGGGGCAGGGUGUCUCAGCACUGAUACUGGCGAACAUCUAGGCUUGGAUCUGCAACACUCACCAAAGCCUGCUCGCCCUUCUACGCCUACCAACCCUUCAAAGUUCACCAAAAAGUUUGGAGAUGUGGAUAAGUGUCCCCGCUGUGGCAAAUCAGUAUAUGCUGCAGAGAAAAUAAUGGGAGGAGGAAAACCUUGGCAUAAGACUUGCUUCCGUUGCGCUUUUUGUGGAAAGAGCCUAGAAUCUACAAAUGUUACAGACAAGGAUGGAGAAAUCUACUGUAAAGUUUGCUAUGCAAAGAAUUUUGGUCCUAAAGGAAUUGGGUUUGGUGGCCUCACUCAAGUGGAAAAGAAAGAGUGAAACUUUCUAUAUCAGACACAUUUCACAUUUCUGUUGAUG